AUGUCAUCAUUAAAUGGUACCGAUGAUGAUGAUAAUGAUGGUUAUAGCCUUAUUUGUUGUGAAAUAUGCUUUAAUUCUUUUCAACCAAAAAAACGACCUCCAAAAAUUUUACCUUGCGGGCAUAAUUUUUGCGAGCAAUGUUUAUUUUCGUUAUGUUGUCAUCAACAGUAUUAUUUGCUCGAUUAUGUAAAUUGCCCGACAUGCCGAGCGGAGUUCAACACAUCAACAGCAUUUAAUGCUCCAACUAACUAUGAUUUAUGCAGAAUGCUUGAAAAUAAGCAAAAAGACACAAAUGUAACAGUCAUACAUGUGCCUGAAGCAAUGCCAAAUAAAAAAAAUGAAAUCAACCAACUACAGUCGAUAAUUUCAAGAAAAUCACGGCGACCGUCGUUAAAGAAAGAACUGACGUGCACAGAUUGCUCGCGAAAAUUUAGUGAUAAGAAUACGAGGAAAAUGGCUCGCUAUUGUAUGCGAUGCUUUAAUAAGGAUGAUUGCUUGCGUUUGUCCUGCUUAGAAUGUUGUGUUAAUCGACAUAAUGGUCAUGAAUUAGCAAGUAUCAAUGAAAUCGAAUAUGCACAUCAUAGGUUAAUCAAUGAAUUAAAAGAAAUGAAAAGUAAAAUCAAGAUUGCCGCUGAUCAAUUUGAAAGAAAUAUAAAAGAAAUAAAGCCAAAUUGUACAACAAAAGAAAAUGGCUCGCAUAUGAUGAAAUGCAAUAAACAGAAAUUUCUUCUUGAAUGCCAAGCCGAAUUGAAUUUUGCUAUUGCUAUCCUCGAAAAUCCCGAAACCACGCCACUUCCGCCUACAGUAAUUAGGAAAAUGCGACAAUAUCAGCUUUAUAACAAUGCAAAAUUAUUUAAAAUGCUUAAUCUUAUAGAGGCAUAUUUUUUAGCGAUGUCUACAUCGAAUUUCUCUUUAAAUGGACAUCAGCCCGAUGCAAUCGUUAGUAUUUCGUAUAGAACGGCUAUUGAUUCAAUAAUUGCAAUAAAUGCCGUAUUUGGUUUUAACACUUAUCAGUAUCGACAAAUAAAAAAUUGCAUAAAGAUUCUCUCAAAAGAUGGGAUCAGUAAUGAUGAGAAAAAAAAUGCUUUUGUCGAUUGUGCUAAAUCUCUUAAAUCAUUAAUCAAUGAUGAUAUUCCAUCGCAAUCACUACUUUUAUUUAUUGAUGCAUUUUUAAAUAUAUUUUAUCAAUUAAAUCAAUUAGUGUCAAAAUACCCAAAAAAUAUGAACGGAAUUAAGCGAAAUGAUAUAUGGAAACUUAUUCAGUGUUCAUAUAGCGAAUUAUUUAAAUGUGCAGCAAAGCAUUGGCGUUGCGAAGAACCUGAUCGAGUAAAUUUAAUAGACGAUCUAGCUUUUCUAUGUUGCUUAUAUUCGGAUGUAUGUGAUCAUGCGACAAUCACAAUUUGCAUGAUCGAAGCUGCUAGAGCUCGAGCCGCAUCGAGUAAUUUAUCGCAAAAUGAAUGGCAAUAUCAAGAAACACGUCUACAGCUUAUUGAUGAACAUUUACUUGAAUGUCGACGCAUACAAAAAUUACAGGAAUUGAGUUCGACUUAUUCAAAUGAUCGAUUCAAGCGAAUAAGACAUUUGUGGAGAAAGAUCUCAUCAUUUUUUAGGGCAUUUAUUAAUUCCUAUCUUUGA